UGUCGUGCCGACCUCGGAUGAAUUCGCGACCAAGCAACGGGUAGAGAUUACCCCGGGGGGCACUGUGCUGUGUGCUCCGUGUGCCCUGCAGUGAAGUGGUUCCUACUCUGUUUUUGAUAAGAUGAUCACGACACCACGUUGCGCCCUAAAGCGGCGGCCCUAGUCUCACAUCACGCCGUGACGGGGAGUGGACUCUUCUUCUUCCUCUUCUGGCUGCUUCUUCCACUUCUUGGUCCAGCAGCUAGAUCGUGCGCUCCGUGCCGUGCCGCUUCUUUCGGUCGCGAUCGGGAGGGAGGGAUGCAUCAGAUUGGGAGCGGGAUGUACGUGUCCGGCCCGGCGCCGGACAGGAGGCGGGAGCGGCGGCUGUCGUCGGGGUCCGGCGCCACGCCGCCGUACACGGGCGGGGACGUGUCGCGGUCGGGCGAGCUCGGCCGGAUGUUCGACAUCGCCGCCGCGUCGCAGUCGCAGGCGCCGUCGCCGGCCUCCUCCUCGCGCCGGAGCUCCGGCCCGCUGCCCCGCCCGUCGCCGGCGUCCGGCCCGCUAUCGCAGCUCUCGCACUCGGGGCUCCUCGUCGGGCCAUCCCCGUCCCCGGCACCCUCGCCGGCGCACGGGUCCUCGAGGAAGGGGAGCUGGCGGCGCGGCGCCGGGAAGGAGGCGGAAACUGCGGGCAGCGCCGUGGCGGCGCGCGGGAGGGCCAGGCUCGGCGUCCCGUUCGCGUGCUACGUGCUGGUGGUCCUGGCGGCCGCGGCCGCGCUAGGCGCCGGCGUGUUCUGCCUCGUGUCGUGGCGGCGGUGGGAGGUCAUCGCCUCGGCGGCCGGCGCCGUGGCCGCCGUCGGGGCGGUGUUCGCGUGGAACGCGUGGCGGAGGGGCGCCGAGGCGGAGCGGUUCUUCCGGCGGUUCCCAGAUACGGCGUUCGACGGCCACGGCGACAUGCCCGUCGGCGAGCUCGUCAAGAUCACCGGGCAAGUCACCUGCGGCCGCCACCCGCUCGCCGCCUACUUCCACGACGGCGCCGCCAGGUGCGUGUUCACGUCCGUUCAGCUGUUCGAGCGCCGUGGAUGGGCCCGGUGCUGCUGCCGCCGCCGGUGGCAGCAGAGACACUCCGAGGCACGGGUGGCGAACUUCUACAUUUCUGACAGGAACUCCGGGAAGAGGUUCUACGUGCGUGCCGGCGAGGGUGCCAAGAUCACUCCGAUGAUCAAGCUGAAAACGAUCAGCUUUGACGGUGACGGGAAGGGUGCGUCAGUGAACCUGAAGAACUGGAUGGCAAGCAAUGGUUUGCCCUGCAAUGGCGCCGUGCGCGUUAAGGAAGGAGAGGGGGACAUAGCAAGCGUGAUAGGCGUCCUGAAGAAGCACCAUGCCUGUGACAUCGUCGAUGCACCAGCCGGCGUGGUCACCACCGGCUGCCAGCCAAUGCGGUUCAUGUUCCCCAUCCUCAUCGAGGGGCUCAUACUAAUUGGGAACGAAGACCCGGACGAGGCUGUAUAUAUGGUCUGAACUCUAAACAUAUACAUUACUGAUGUAGAAUACGCAACCUUUUUAUCGGUGAAGAGGAUGUUUUUCGUACCUCUCCACUUAGGCUUUUUGAUAAAAAAAAGAUUUACUACUUACACAGUUGAUGGGAAUGAAACGAUGUAAAUUAAAAUCUUAUUUGUAGGCUUUGCUGUAGUAUAGUUGUGAUUUUUUUUUGUUUCUUUUUAAGAUGACAACUCUGUUAUUUGUUGGGAAAGGCUUAUGUUAUUGUGCCACGCUUCUAUUGUAGUAGAGCCUGAUCUCUGUUUUUUUUGCAAAUAUUUUUGCCUGAUUGCAAUAGGCUUAUGAGUUGAUCCUUUUAAUUUUCCUU